GACUCUCAACCCAUUGUAGUGACUUAUUUGUACUAUAAAUAAAAAAUACACCCCAAUUAUUCGCUCAAAGGACAAUAUACGUAUAAUAUACACGUGUAAAAAAUGUUAAAAGGCAGUGGUUAAACAAUAAGUGUUUUUGAAUGUAAGAGUUGUUAAUUUCAUCACUUUUAGGUUCAUUAUGUUGACAGAUCAGUGGCAAUCAUUGAAGAUGAGUGACUGCAAUACACUCCGACCGUUUGAACUUUCAAUGAUCAUCUAAAAUUAUCAGUGAUCAGAUUACUUCGAUACCGACAGACUUCUGAAUAUGAUUGGUUAUGAGUUCGAUUGUAAUCUUUCUGAAUUCAUAAAAUUGCAGCUAGCUGGACAUGUGGUGAGAAAUGUGAUCGACCGUAAAUCGUUUCAUUUGAUCUAAAAUUAAGAAAAAAAGGAUGUAUUAUAGCAUUAAAUCAUAAAAUCAAAUAUGGAGAAGAAAAAGAACAGUAUUAACGGGAAAUACAAGAAAAAUGGUAAGAUAGAUAAUUACGAUGAUGUAAUCACAACGUGCUGUCUUUGCAUCCAAACAAAGAAGAGCAAAAAGAAGAGUUUGAUAGCUGGAUGUAUUACAAAUUUAGGAAUAUUCGCAAUCCUUCUUGUGUACACGUUAGUUGGAGCAUUUAUAUUCCUAGCGAUUGAAGGCAGUGCUGCAAAAGUGCAUCAGAAAACGUUAGCAACGACAUCGUAUCAAGCGAAUGAAAACAGAAAAUCAAAUCCUUUACCGAAAGUCAACAGCAGCAUCGCACAAGUCAGUGCUGAAUUAAGGACACAAACAGUAGAAAGCAUCUGGGAAAUAACGGUAUCCUUGAAUAUUCUGUACAAAGAGAACUGGACUAGACUUGCUGCUCAAGAAAUUGCUAGAUUUCAAGAAAAACUUAUUGCUCGAGUUGCUGCAGACGUAUCUGAACAACAUGGGGAUGCGAGAGCACUAGAAUCAGCUCCAGCAUUGGUUACGGAUGAAUACGAGUGGAAUUUUGCCAAAGCAUUCCUGUAUUCAUUAACAGUUUUAACAACAAUAGGUUACGGCAGUGUGGCACCAAAAACAGCACUCGGGAAAGCUGUCACGAUUGGUUAUGCCGUUAUAGGUAUACCACUUACUCUAUUAUAUUUAUCUGUGGUGGGAGCGCUGUUAUCUAGACUUGCUCGAAGUAUAUUCAGUCGGGCAUUAUGUUGCUGCUUAUGCUCCAAAUGUGGUUAUUGCUGCCUUGACGACAGAACAAUGGCUGUGAAAGAAAGGAAAGAAAAAGUAAGGCGUCAAGAUGAUUACAGGAGCCAAACCUUACAUUUACAAGAACCGUAUUAUGUUCGAUCACCAUCAGGUACUAUUAUUUCUGCAUCACAGGCUAACAGUCUGAGCACAAAUUCUAUAAAAGAUAAGACUCAAGGUUUACAAUUUCUACGCGAUUGUGACUCAAUGAGCUGUGCUGACACUGAUUCAAAAAUAUCUCUACGUGGAUUUUCGAUUCUUGCACCAAUUUCACUAUGUCUAGCAGCCAUUUUUACCUAUAUAUUUUUUGGAGCUCUUGUCUUAUACCAGCUGGAAGGUUGGAGUCCUAUAGAUGGAGUUUAUUUCUGCUUCAUGAGCCUUAGCACUAUUGGUUUCGGACAUCUGGCACCUGGUUUAACUCAGAAGAACGGUGCUUCUUCUGGUACUAUCUGGUUUUGCUCGAUUUACAUUAUGACUGGUUUAGCUCUGACUGCGAUGUGUUUCAAUGUUCUCCACGAUGAAAUUGUUCACCGAUUAAGGCACCAUGAGAGAAUACUCAAAGCAAAUAAUCAAAAGACUUCAACACCUGAAUUCCUACAGCGAUCUUGACGAGACGAAAGCGGCAAUUUCACAGAAGAGACAGUAGUCAAUUCUGAUGUGGAGACACUGCCCGAGGUAUUGCACCAUAUUCCUAGUACUAGGUACGAGGGUAGUGCAAUACGUCGAUCCGUUUACACUCUCAAAGAAGAGAAAGAACCAGAACGGGCGACACCAAUGUAAUAAGACGUUCUUUUAAAUAUCUACAAUUUUAAAGAUGGAGUUCCAUUUGAAAUUGGUGUUUGAAUAUUUUCAAGAUUUGUUAGGAUGAGUGAAUUUUAGUAUAGACAAAGAAUGAUUUUGAUAAACAUAAAUGUUUACUUAAUAAAACGACUGAAGUGUUUGUUAAUUACUUUAAUUAGGUAAAUUUAGUGCCAAAUAAGACGAAUGAUUAUAUU